AUGGAGGCUUUUCACAACUUUCACUCAAGUGAAAUUUUUGAAAAAAGUUUCAAUGCAACUUACAUUGCUUUGAUUCCUAAGAAAGCAGGAGCUAAGGAACUCAAAGAUUUCAGACCUAUAAGUUUGAUUGGAAGCUUUUACAAACUAAUAUCGAAGGUGUUAACCGAAAGAACUGAGCAAGGAAGACCUGGUGUACUAUGUAAACUUGAUAUAGAAAAAGCCUAUGACCAUAGUAUGAUGAGACAAAUGGGCUUUGAGGAGAAAUGGAUCAACUGGAUCAAGUUUUGCAUAUUUAUUGUGAAAUUUUCUGUUCUCAUUAACGGGUCUCCUGAAAGGUUUUUCAAUGCAAAUAGAGGAAUAAGACAAGGGGUUCAUCUAUCACCUUUCCUAUUCAUCAUAGCAAUGGAAGGACUCAACAACAUGCUGAAUAUUGCUACGGCAGAAGGAAGGAUACAAGAUUUUGAAGUUAGCAGUGUGGUUGGUAGAAGCGUAGAGAUCACGAAUUUGCAAUUCACUAACCAGUUGUGGCAGAUUUUCUUAAAUCUCAAAGGCAUUUCUUGGACUAUGCCUAGCAAGAUUGAUGAUACUAUGUUCAGUUGGGAUGAGGCUGGUUCUGGAGCUAAAGACAGAAGCUAG